CUGUUGUUCGUUUUUCCACACGGGCAGAGGGUAUACCGACCCCUGACAGACCGCACAAAGUUUGUCAUGGGACGUAGCCGAAGUCGCAGCCGCAGCCGCGAAAGGGGAGGGCGAGAAGAGAGGGGCCGCGGAGAUCGAGAUCGUGACCGAGGCGGAAGACGCCGCGACCGCGACCAGGACAGAAGCAGCCGGAAGCGAAGCCCACCUCGAAGACACUUCCGGGAGGAUGGAGGCAAGGACGCUGCUGGCAAGGAUGCCGCUGGCAGGGACACGUCCGGCAAGGUGGACAAGUCAAAAGCAACGACGAGCGAGACAUCAAAGCCUUCCAAGCAAGAGGCACGAAGGGCGGAGGCAGCUAUCAAGAGGCAAAAAAUGCUGGAGGAGCAGCAGCGAGAGAAGGACAAAGUGAAGGAUAGGCUUCAUUUGAUCCGUCAAAUGAAAGGCGAUGCCUCAGGCGAGGAGGAUGCCCUUGGUAGUGGAAGCGAUGGCGACGACGAUGAUGAGGAUUUGACAGAGGAGCAACAAAUGAUGAAGUUGAUGGGUUUUGCGGGGUUUGACACCACCAAGGGGAAGGGAGUCGAAGACAACCAGCGAGGACCUGCAAAAGGCGCGAUCUCGAAGCACAAGGAAAGAGAGUAUCGGCAGUAUAUGAAUCGACGAGGUGGAUUCAACCGCCCUUUGGACAAGAUGUAGAGAACAAGCGGUGGAGCAGCUGACGCGAAGGAUAACUUCUCCCUGCACCGGCGGGUGUUUGGACGGUUCUGUCACGACACCCGCUUUUCGUGCAUGUUGGUCCAUGCCCCGCUUCCCU